AUGGACCGCGUUGUAGACGAUGCCGACACUUGGUUCGAGGGUGACGAACGUCGUUCAUCUUCGAGUGCUUCGGAAUUUGACUGGGAUAAAACUGCUCGUUUAAUCUGCGCUGUACUCUUACCACCACUGGGGGUGUUUUUACAAACUGGUUGCAAUAAAGACUUGGCAAUCAAUGGACUGCUUACUCUUUUCGGUUACAUACCUGGAAUUAUUCACGCUGUGUAUAUCAUUUGCGUGGCCGAAACAUCAAGAUCAUGCCACAUGCUUAAGACAGAUGCAGGACCAAUGAUGGAAGCCACAGCGUAG